ACGCGAUCGAGCAAAGGUUUUCUUCUUGCUGGAUGGGAAAUGCCAAGAGUUCAAGGUUGCAUUCUUCCAUUUUAGAAAGUUCAAAAUCCAUUACAACACUCGUCAGCCACGAACAAAAGAGAAUUGAGCCAUCAUUCUGUGACAAGAUCAUCUACGCGAUCGAGCAAAGGUUUUCUUGCUGGAUGGGAUAUGCCAAGAAUUCAAGGUUGCAUUCUUCCAUUUUAUAGAAAGUUCAAAAUCCAUCAUCAGCGACGAACAAAAGGAAUCGCCAAGAUGAACACGAACGUGGCAUUCGUUCCCCUUGCGUGCCCACUGGCAGUCGACACAGGCCAGGCACAACACGUGUUCGGACCAACUAUAUAUCCUUAUAUGGAUACAUGACUCUCGUAAUCACAACGCGGUCCGAAUUCCCCGUUUAUCCUCUGCCUUGAAAUGCCCGUUCUAGCGGAUUGGAAGGACGGGUUUAUGACGACAGCAAAAAAAAGCCAAGACAUGGACGGGAGUAUAAAGUGAGGAGGUCUUCCUGCUUGUUCCUUUUGUAAGACCAUCAUCUCAUUUCCCGUACCUUCUUUCAAUAACAAGAAAACUUUCAACAUGGUCUCGUUGCGAGACAUCGACCUAAUGGGGACGAUCGUCUUGACGACCAUCCCCCUACUUGCCAUUUACACUGUCUUUUGCGUGCCUUUGACAUGGAAGACUGCCGUUUGGUCCAUCGUGUACUAUUUCACGACUGGGUUCGGUAUAACUGCCGGGUACCACCGAUAUUGGUCCCACAGAUCGUAUGAUGCGGCAAAACCUUACCAGUUGUUUAUGGCUCUUGCUGGGGCAGGUGCUGCUGAAGGCUCUAUCAAGUGGUGGAGCAGGCACCAUCGUGCCCAUCACAGAUGGACAGACACAGACAGAGAUCCGUAUUCGGCCCACAAGGGAUUCUGGCAUUCGCAUAUACUAUGGAUGAUGAUCAAGGAAAACCCCAAAAAGAGGGGACUGGUGGAUAUCAAUGAUUUGAACAAGGAUCCCAUUGUCAUGUGGCAGCACAAGAACUUCAUUCCUGUCAUGCUGUUCAUGGCAUUUGUCUUCCCAACCCUGGUUGCUGGUAUCGGCUGGGGAGACUGGAUGGGCGGCUACUUUUGGGCUGGUAUCACCCGACUAUUGUUUGUUCACCACGCAACCUUUUGCGUAAACUCUCUUGCUCACUGGCUGGGCGAAACCUCGUUCGACGAUCGCUUCACCCCUCGCGACCACUUUAUCACUGCGCUCAUCACCAUGGGAGAGGGCUACCACAAUUUCCACCACGAGUUCCCUUCUGAUUUCCGUAACGCCAUCUUCUUUUGGCAAUACGACCCAACGAAAUGGUUGAUCUGGUUCUGCUCUCUUUUUGGCCUUACGUACAACCUCCAUGUCUUCCCCGAAAACGAGGUCCAAAAAGGUCGAUUGCAAAUGCAAGAAAAGAAAAUUGCCCAAUUGAAGGCAAAACUCAAAUGGGGUCCUCCUCUGGAAACCCUCCCCGAAUACAGUUUUGACGAGUUCCGAUCCCUAGUCAAAGACCAAGGAAAGCAGCUUUUGAUUAUCGAAGGUACCAUCUAUGAUGUUGAAAACUUUAUUGAUCAUCAUCCCGGUGGACGCAUGUUCCUGAAAGCCGGAUUGGGACGAGACAUGACAAAUUCCUUCAAUGGUGGAGUCUAUGAUCACCACAACGCGGCGAGGAACUUAUUGUCAGGGUUGAGAUUUGGAAGGUUGCAGGGGCAGGUACCUGAGACUUAUAAAGCAAAAGAUGAGUGAAAUGAUCCCAUGAUCGUGUACAUUAGUGGGCUGGGGUUAAUAGGUUGCCGGUAAUGAACGAUAUGUAGCCCAUGCAGUAUAUUUUUUGUUUAGCACGUUAUUUGCAUUCCAAUAUAAUUUUGUCAAACUUUG